CUCAAAACAACCUCAGCAACAAUAAUGGAAAAUUUUCCUCCAUUGAUUUACAGAUAUCCGAAGAGGAGCUCAAGGCAAUCCAGUAGAUACCUCGGCGUGCGGCGGAGGCCAUGGGGAAGGUACGCUGCUGAAAUCCGGAACCCUCACACUAAAGAGAGACAUUGGCUAGGAACAUUUGACACUGCUGAGGAAGCUGCAAUAGCUUAUGAUCUUUCAUCUAUUUCCUUCAGUGGUAUUGAAAGAGCUCGCACAAAUUUUUAUUACCCUUUCUUGGUUCUGCCUCCUCCUACUGUAGUUCCACCACCGCCUCCUCCUCCAUCACCGGAAUUGGAAGAGAUCAGUAACAACUGUAUUUCUACUGAGAUGAAUAUUAACAUCGGUGAAGAUGAUGAAUCUCUUGUCAUUGCUUCUAUCUUGCAGAGUUUUGCAGUCUGCUAGCUUUUCUUUUAUCCUUUGAUUUUGAGAAUUAAUGGUCUGUUCCUCUUUUGUCAUCUUGAUUCAUUAAAGCUCUUGAAAUUAAUUAACAGCAUUCUCUCUAUAAAAGAAAUUAAUAUUA